AUGGAGCUCGAGCGUGUUGUAUCUCAUACUCAGUACCUCAACAGGUUCACCUUCUUCUCUUCUGAGAUUGACGAGACUAUUCACGCACCAGAGUUGGGUGGUCUUCUCAUGCCUGGCGAGUCCUUCAGAGACUUGUUCGAACUCGGUCCGGAUGGUGGUGUCUGGUGGCUCGAUAUGCUCAACCCCUCCGAGGAAGAGGUCACAGCCAUCUGCAAAGCAUUUGGAGUCCACCCUUUGACUCGCGAGGAUAUUGCCACCCAAGAGACACGUGAGAAGGUUGAGCUGUUCAGAUCCUACUACUUUGUCUGUUUCCGAUCCUUCUACCAGGAGGAUAAGCAGAGCGAAGACUACAUGGAGCCCAUCAACGUCUACACCGUCGUCUUCCGCGAAGGACUGCUGACCUUUACCUUCUGCAACAACCCACACGCUGCUAACGUUCGCAAGCGUAUUGGUCGUCUUCGUGACUAUGUCAACCUCAGUGCCGACUGGAUCUGCUACGCUUUGAUCGACGACAUUGUCGAUGCUUUCGGCCCUGUCUUGCGUGAUGUCGAGCAUGAGGCUGAUGCCAUCGAGGACAGUGUCUUCACUGCGCGCUUUGAAGAUUCUCGCCUCAUCCUUCGACAGAUUGGUACUUGCCGCAAGAAGGUCAUGUCCCUGCUGCGCUUGCUUGGCGGCAAGGCAGAUGUCAUCAAGGGCUUCGCCAAACGCUGCAACGAGCAGUACAGCAUGGCUCCUCGUGGCGAUGUUGGCCUGUAUCUCUCUGACGUUCAGGACCACGUCGUCACCAUGAUGAGCAACUUGUCGCACUUCGAGAAAAUCCUUUCGCGGAGUCACUCCAACUACCUCGCUCAGAUCUCAGUGGACAACAUUGCCCAAGGCAACAAGGCCAACUCCCUGCUCUCCAGAGUCACUGUUCUGGCUACCAUUCUGGUUCCUCUCAACUUGGUCACUGGCCUCUUUGGUAUGAACGUCCGUGUGCCUGGUAUGGACGGCCCCAAUCUUGCCUGGUGGUUCGGCAUCGUCGGAUUCAUGAUCAUUUUCGUUGCAGCAUGCCUCCUAACCGCCUGGAAGCUCGGCCUGCUUGCGGACGUUGUUCCAGAGCGCGAGGAAGAGUUGUAA